AUGGCUUCCACAAGGCGCGACAGCGCCCGUGGCCAGAACCACGACCGGCUCGGUGCCGACGACGAGUUCGCCAUGUCUCGCCUCGUCGACAUCGAGGCCGUCCAAGACGACGCCUCCGGCAUGACCAUCACGGCGCCCCAGAAGAUGGCGUCGGCGUCGGCCGGCAGCCUCUUGACGUCGCUGCUUAUGACGCCCCUCGACGUAGUCCGAGUCCGGCUGCAGUCGCAAAAGAUGCCGACGUCCACGGUCGACUUCUCCCGCCUCGCCCUCACCACGACCACCCUCACCCCGGCGCAGACGGCCGAGCUCGGAGUUACGGCGUGCUGCCGCGAGGUCUUCUUCGCUGGCAACGACGCGUCGUACUGCAUCGCCGCCCCCCGCAUGGCCGCGCCCGCCGACUGCGCCGUGCAGGAGGUGCAGAAGAAGACGUAUACAUCCACCAUCGACGGCAUGCGCAAAAUCGCCCGUAACGAGGGCGUGACGACGCUGUGGCGGGGCCUGUCCCCGACGCUGGCCAUGGCGGUGCCCGCCAACAUCAUCUACUUUGCCGGAUACGACUGGCUGCGGUACAGCAGCAAGAGCCCUCUGUCGGGGCUGUCCUCGGACCACGCGCCCCUGACGUCGGGGUCCCUGGCGCGUAUAUUUGCUGCGACGGCGGUCAGCCCCAUCGAGCUGGUGCGCACGAGGAUGCAGGCCGCCUCCGGGGUCGGCACGACGAAUCACCUGGUAGAGGCGUUCAACGGCAUUCGGGAAAUGGUCGGCGCUCACGGGUACACGUCGCUCUGGAGAGGACUGACGCUGACCCUCUGGCGCGACGUGCCCUUCUCGGGCAUCUACUGGUGGGGAUACGAGACGAUCCGAGCCAAGCUCACCGACGCGCGCGAAGAGAAGCGGGGCCGGUCUCUGACUCUCUCAGACUCGCCGCAGCAGGCCCGGCUCAGGUCACAGAGCCGGGAGAACCACACCGAGACGUUUGUCGACAGCUUCACCGCGGGCGCCAUGUCCGGCGCCUUUGCCUCGAUCGUGACCAUGCCGUUCGACGUCGGCAAGACGCGCACGCAGGUAUACCGGGACGGAUCGAAGAGCGCAGUGGGCGAUGCGGCCGCCCAGGCGCCCGAAGAGCUCAGCAUGGUGCGCCUCCUGAUGCACAUCUUCAAGACGGAGGGCCUCGCGGGGCUGUGGAGGGGCUGGAUCCCGCGCACACUCAAGGUGGCACCGGCGUGCGCCAUAAUGAUCAGCAGCUACGAAGUGGGCAAGCGAGCGUUCCGUGGCGUAAACGAGCGAGCGGAUAGGAAGCACAAGGACGACAUGUAA